AUGACUCUUGAUCAAGUUAGAGAAAUGGAGGUCAUAAAAGCAACAAAUGCUUCACUCCAAGCUCAAGUGGAUGCUCUCAAGAAACAAGUCGCUCCUAUGCAAAGGAAUGCUCCGGUGGCUUAUGUUCAAGUCGGGUGCAAACAAAUGACCCUUUUUCCAACACCUACAACCCCGGAUGGAGGAAUCAUCCAAAUUUCGGGUGGAGGAAUCAAGACGGGCAAGGCAAUGCUCAAGGGUCUAAUCAAGCGGGUCCAAGCUUCCAAAGCAACAAUAGGCCUCCACAACAACAAGGUCAAUAUCAAGGAAACCCAAACCAUGGGAACAAUUAUGGUGGUAGACCCCAACACCCUCCCGGUUUCCAACAACCACGGAACACGGAUGAGGGACAUGUGCUUUCAAAGACCACAAGGGGGAUUGCCCUUUACUACGGAGAACAACCCAAGGGAGCAUCUAAAAGCAAUAGAGCUUCGGAGUGGGCGGAACUUGGAAAAGGCCAAUGGCAAGAAACAUGUUGUAGAGGAGGAUGAGCCUCAAGUGUUUGUUGAUAUAGCAAGUUCAAGUCAAGAGUUACCAAAGGAAUGUGAGGAAGUGGUUAUCGAGGUUGAAGAACUUUAUGUGAGGCCGCCACCACCGCCCCCUUUGGCGGAUGCACUCCGAGAGAUGCCGCAAUAUGCCAAGUUCUUGAAGGACAUCAUUACCAACAAACGGAGUUGGGAUAGUGGUGCAACGGUUCCCAUUCCGGAAGUGUGUAACUCAAUCAUCUUGAAUGAUCUACCGGCUAAGUUAAAGGACCCAGGGAGUUUUUCUAUACCUUGCAUUGUAUGCACUAUGAGUACAAUAAAUUGCUUAUGUGAUCUUGGUACUAGUAUUAAUCUUAUGCCUCUAACUCUUUUUAGAGCGUUAUGUGGAGAUCAAACCGUGAAGAGCACCUCGAUGGUACUCCAAAUCGCGGAUCAUUCAUUGAAGAUGCCGUAUGGGAUUAUGGAAGAUGUUCUUGUGAAGGUUGAUAAGUUUAUAUUCCCGGUUGACUUUGUUAUCUUGGAUUAUGCGGUAGAUAAGGAAUGCCCAAUUAUCUUAGGGCGACCCUUUAUGAAUACCGGGAGAGCUUUAAUUGAUGUACACGGUGGGAAAUUGACGUUGAGAAUUGAUGAAGAAACGGUUGAGUUUGAUAUGAAUAGAGUAAUGCGGAAUGCCAUCGAGGAGGGGGAUUGCAUGAGGAUAGACUUGCACAUUUCUCAAGUCUCGUUUCAUUCUGAGUCUGUGGAUGAUGAAUACACUGAAGAAGAUGAACCAAAGCCGAAAAGUUUGAUCAAGAGCAAUGGUGUGACUCCACCAUCUUCCGAGUUGCCAUCAAAUAUUGAAAUGAAGCUGCUGCCGUCUCACCUCUGUUAUACCUUUGUUGGGGAGAAUGAGACCUUGCUGAUAAUCAUCUCAAAUAAGCUUUCUAAGGAUCAAUAG